UUAAAAGCUUUGAAUGCCAUCCAGAGUUAGUACUCAGACAGAGAGAAGACAGAACAAAAGCAAAAAGGGUGGAAAUUAUGUUAUGGGUAACUUCAAAUAAGAACAAGGACACCGCUUUGAAGAUGAAAAAUCAAUAAAAUAAAACAUUGCAAUCGCAAAGUGCAUAAAGUGAAAGUCGCAUUUCAUUUUUUCAUUCUCAACAUAUUCAGUUUCCAUCCAAUUAAUAAACAAAUAAAAUUAAUAAAGUAGUGCUAUAAAAACAAUAGAAACAUUACAAAAUUAGAAUAGAAUUAAAAUACAGAGAAAAAAUGGUGGAAUAAACUGAAUUUGCAUUUUUUUGUUCGGCAAAACAUAUCUUAAGGACUCUUGUUUGUUUUUGUUGUUAUCCUUUUUGUCAUUUAUUUUGUGAUUUUUUUUGCAAACAAAGAAAAAACCAUAAAAGACAAAUACAAAAUAUAAUACAUAUUGAGAGAAAUUAAACAAAUAUUUAAAAAAGAAAGUAGUUUGUUGAAAAUGGUUGGUAAAACUUUAUUGUCAACUGAAGCCAAUAUGAUGAAAGAACGCCCAGUUUUCAUUCCACCCAGGAAGCGACAGACAUCAAAGAAAACAAAUGGAACCCAAAAUUAUGUUGAUCAUAUUGUUGCAGUGCAGAAUCGACAAAAAGUAUCUCCAUCAUCACCCGGUUUAGAAGAUGAUCUUUUAAAAACAUCACUUAUACUCAAAAACAAACAACCACUGCCACAAAUUCCACUAGAUGAAACUAAAAUCUCAACAACUCAACUACAGAACAAGCCUAUUUCUGCAAGUUCAGAUAAUAUUUACGAGGGUGAAGAAAGUGAAUUACAACAUUUCGAAAAUCUACCUCCGGUAUUACUGCCAAAUACACGUCGUGAAAGUUCCACCGUAACACCAAGUAGUUAUUCCGAAAGUAGCUUAGAUGCUAAAUUGAGCAAAUCACAAGAUUGUCUCAGUACAAGAUCUUCCAAGAAACGAGUAAAUAUUCGAACAGAUAUUAAACAUGUUCGAAAUAGUAAUCGAAAUUCACCAGAAAUUGCCAAUUAUGAAGAUUUGGAAUCUGGAGAAACAAGCGUACUUAAUGGAGAUGAUUUUAGUUUGGAACGAUUUAAUACAAAGCGAUCGGUUGAUAGUCAUUAUUUGACAAUGACAGGAACUAUUAAACGAGGUAGAAAGAAAGGUCAAUGUGUUGAUCUUCAAAUAAACAUAAGUCGUGAGGAGCUGGAGCAAAUAAAUGCUGUUGCCAUUGCCACAGAAACCCAGAAGAAAGCUAAUCUCUGGUGGACCUGUUCUUUAACUACGGGCCUUCAUAUCUUUUUCCUAUCAAUGUUAAGUCUUCCAUUUGUAAUUUUAUUCUCUGCAGUGUACUCGUUUUACAUCGGUACUCUAACAUGGUAUAACGUAUUUAACUAUUUCAAUGAAGAAAAAGGUUUUGCUUACAAGUUCUUUGUGUCACCACUACUUGUUGUAACUUAUCCAGUUGGAAUAUUAGUUUGCACCAUAGGAUUAGGAAUUUAUGCUGGAAUCGUUCAAAUCAGCUUGCAAUUCAAUAGUUGGAUGAAUGAAAUAGCUGACAUAGAAAAAGGCUUCUAUGGAUGGCUUUGUGCAUUUUUACACCUUUCGGACUGUAGUCCAUAUGAGGUUGUCAUAUUAACAGAUAUCCGUAUGCCUGAGGAGCAUCCCCAUGCAAAUACAUCGACCGAAGAACUGUCACUAUAAUUUUAUUGAAUCCAAAAGACAGCUUCGUGAUGAGUAAAAUGUUUCUUAGAAAUCAUCUUGAGAGACAGAGCCUCUCUCAAGACUGGUGGUUUCAUUUCUCUGAAUGGUGAUAAUAAUGCGAAACUUUUGUUAAUUUACAAAUAAAUUAUAAAUAUUUUCACAAAUUGGUACAUUUAUCCGCUAGCCCAUAUAAUAUCCUAAAAGCUAUGUAAAUAAUUUGUGUACCUAUGCUUAAGUAUUUACCUAUUGUAAUGUAUCUCUCCCAGAAUAAAAUAAAUACAAUUCGCCCAGAAACAAAAUUACGUUUUAUGUAAAUGAAAUAUUUGAGAGCUACAAAAUUCGAUAUAUUUUCAUAUCUAUUAAAAUAAAACGAAAAAUAUAAAAAAAAACAUAUUUUUUAAACAAAAAAAAAAAAAACAUACCUUAAAUGUAAUCAAAAUAAUAAAAAACAUUUGUUCCAAAAGCCAAAUUAUAUCUAA